GUCCACAUUGUUACAACAUUUGAGAGGCUCAUGGCGAUGCGGUACUGAGCUCAUUUUCGCCUCUACUGUACAUGCCUCUGGAGGAACCGCUACUGAGUCACAACAUCCAUAUGGCACCGCCGACCACAUUUCGGAUCAAGCAUAAAUUGUCUCUUAAAUGCACUGCAUGUUCAAUCUGAGGUCUGCAUUGGCCUUGCACCAUUUACAUGAUAUUGCCUUUGCAGAAGUCAGGGAGUGUUCAUACUUCGGCUUCACAGAGCUAUAUGGGAGGUCCUGUAAAAACAAACUCACUUCCUUGACAAUUUAUUUUACAACAACUCUGCUCGGCGAAGCGGAAGAAGUAUGAAUGCCCUGACUUCUGCAGAGGCCGAAUCAGCUGCACGGCAAUGCUGAUGGCAGAUUUACCAUGGAGCGCCUUUAACCCGCUACGAAAAAGUUACGUUUGGUCUUAGCUGUACUCACUCUCGUCUGAACCGUCGUUUUCUCCAGAAUUUGAGCAUCAACAAGCGAAGCGACGCAAUGAAAGCGCUUCGAGUGGCAGAAGGCAGGUGCGAGGCCUUUUGCGGAAUUUAUUUAUAAGCUAUAUAUAUUUCCCAAAGCCAUGCAAUGAUUCUGCUCAACCACGGGCCCUUUAAAAAGGAUGGAGGAUGAGGGAAAUAGGCGGAGCAUACAUGCUCAACAUGUUGCUGUUGGCGCUGCAGUACUGAGCUAUAUUCUGCAGUGCUAUCACAGUCUACAGUAACACCGCAAUAUGAAGUCUGUCGAAAUCACCCGCUCUCCAUCAACAUUCCGGGCAGUCUUUGUGACAGGUAUGAUUACGGGGGCCUAAUAAGCAUGGGGACCCAACAUAGGAGGACGGAUGCCAGCUGAGCCCCUCAACUCACCAGACCAUCGCUGUUGUCAAUAUCCCAGAAUUCUCAGCUAAGCCCCUGAGAAGGCCUUCUUGCAAACCCUUGGAGCCAUGGAACACAAAAUACAACAGAGGGACAAAAACAGGCCCAGCUACUUUGGCAACGUCAAGACCAGACUGGGGUCCAAGCUCCCUGCUGGGGACACCCAGUCACCCAGGUUCAUUUCCGGACCCUUGGAGACAGGGCCUCAGAUCGGCCCAACCAAGGAGACCAGGGCCAGCGGUAAGGGCCACUGUGCCGUGGGGCGUCCCCUUGACCACGUCCCCCACAUCCGGAACCCCCGACUGCGACAGUAUUACCUCCAAGAGCCUAGAUGGGGAACGGAGGGAACCAUGGCCAAGUCCAUGGGCAGAGAUCACCUGUCAGAUGACAAGGUAGACACUACGGCUCACCAUGAAGACACGGUGUUCAGUGUCACCUCCAAGUGCAGUAGCCUGGCAGAUCAGACUAAGCUGAACAGGCAGCUCUCCACCUCCAUCUCUUCCUCCCUCAUCUCCCGACAGAACCUCCGCGUUCCCAAGAGUAAAGGCUCUGGCCAAGGCUCAUCUCCCACAGUGAUGCACCUUGACCCCAACCUCAGGCUGGAGCCAGAGUUGGACACUAACCCAGGGCUUGGGCUUUUUCCGGCCCCAUCUGCCAGCUCUCACUCCCCGUCACCAGAUGCAGAGUAUGACAAACUACUGGAUGUGGAGGCGGUGCCAAUGCCUGACGGACGGCUCUGCCUACUGGCCCUCCCUCCCGAGUGCUCCCAAAGGGAAGGGCAAGCCGCCAUGCCAUAUCUCAAAUUGUUUUGCCGCUACAUCACUGACCGCAAGGGUGUGGUUUCUGGUAUCUUGCUAGUGACGUCCAAUAAGAUCUUCUUUGACCCAUGUAAGACCCACCCGUUGGUGGUGGAGCACGGCUGUGAGGAGUACCUGCUGUCCUGCUCAGUGGACAGCCUGGACUCUGUCUCGUUCUACUCGGACAUUUCCCACGUGCACUUCAACACCUCCACACACAGGUGGAAAGGAACUAAAAAGACCCAGAAAACUGGCUCCAAAACUGGCAAGACGCCCCAGCAGGGUGGGAGGCGAAGCAGCAGUAGCCCACAGCACAAGGGGGAGACUGUCCCAGUGCUGGUCUCUUCUGCUACGUCGGAGCUGAGGUCUGCCCUGGCUCUCAGCCUGGUCCAAGGGUUUGCUGAGGAGGAGAGUAGCAGUGACAUGACUCAUGCAGAGAAGCAGCUGGAGGGGAAGGGUAGCCCACUGGAAGAGCUGGUUGUGCAGUCAUCCGGGGCUGUGCUGAGCAGUGCUGCCACCUUCUGUUGUGGAGGACAAGAGGCUGCAGGGACGGGAAAUCUAGUGAGAAUGGAGCAGGUGGACAGAGAGGGGAUGGAGAAGGAGCAGUCUGUGAGGAAUCGGACGUUAGGCCUCUCUAGACCUUCAGGGACUUUUGGAUGUCUCAUGUUUGUCAGGCUGCGGCUCCAGGGGUCCGCUGGGAAGAAGGGUGUGGCUGCAGGCUUGCAGCUGGGGACAACCAAAACCUUACCCUGGAGGGAUGCCUGGUUCGCCUUUUCCCAGGAGAGCUCAGAUGAGCUCUAUGCCUAUCUGAGCCACUGGAGGCCUGACCUAUGCAUACUGGAGGGAGGGUCGGAGGAGGGGGAGGGCGACAAAGACGAGUUUGUACUGGUCGACAACGGAGAGGAGGAAGAAGUGUCCAAGAACCACGGACGGACAGGGGAGGACUGGGAGAUGGUGUCAGUGGAGGAUGGUGGCGGGAGACUACCUCUGGUCAUGGACAAAGAUCCAGAGGGACUGUGUGAGAUCGUAGAGCAGAGUCGCAUCUUGGACGCAACGCUUGUCAGAGAGCUCUCAGCCGAGUUGCCUCCCAGGACAGUGGGCCACAUGUGGCAUCUGGCCUAUAGCACAUCUCUUCACGGCUCCAGCCUCAAGUCCCUCUACCGGAAGCUGAACGGCAGCGACUCACCUGUACUCAUGGUCAUCAAGGACUCGCUCAAUCAGGUGUUUGGGAGCUUUCUCUCACACCCACUGAGGCCGAGCGAGACCUUCUAUGGCACAGGAGAGACAUUCCUCUUCAUGCUGCAUCCUCGAUUCAAGUGUUUCAGAUGGACCAGAGAGAACUCCUUCUUCAUAAAGGGAGACCUGGACUCUUUUGCUAUCGGAGGAGGAAGUGGUCACUUUGGCCUGUGGCUGGAUGAGACGCUGUACCUGGGCAGGAGUAGCCCAUGUUACACCUUCAACAACUGCUGCCUCUCAGAAAGAGACGACUUCCACGUCAUAGAGCUGGAGGUGUGGACGUUCUGGUGAAGCCCUGCCCUCUUCAACUUUCCUAGCAACACCCACUCACGAUGUCUGGCUGUCCAAUGACUGCUUUAAACAAGACUCUAGAACCCAUCUCUUCUAGAACAAUGAGUUGGAUGUACCUCACUAUUUUGACUUAAUUCUGUGGUUUUAGGCUGCGAACUUAACUGUGAUUAUUCUGAACCCCAUCUCUGAAUGUGGACCAAACCAUUAGGUGGAGGAGGGGUGUUGGUGGUUGUAGCCUCACUGCAUUGGAAGACUUGCCCUGUUGCAGCCCCCCACUCCUUUCGCAGGUUGGUAUGGUCCUCACUUCAACUGACUCUGCAUUGUGGAUACUGUAGUUCAGUGGUGGAAUCACAUCUUCUAGCAAUGGAUCUCCAUCUGAAGGCCUACCUGCAUGUGUAAGCCUGCAUUUCCACCCCAGCACAAUUGGCACUGUUAUUCUGGCACCAUCUUUUUUUUUUUUUACACAUCUUUUUGCUGCCUGUGAAUCGCUAACCUGAAGGUGGCUGUCUCUUUUGUAAAACGGAGGAACUGAAAUUCGAAGAACUAGGGGCUCACUAUGCCCCUUUUUGCAUAUAGACCAAAUUAUAUCACCUGAUGUACAAAUUUAGUCAACGUGAACAAAAAAAGGACUUGGGGGACAUGGUCUAACCUAAAUAUCUUUAGAAAUGUUUAAUGUUAACCACUCAAUCAAACAAUACCUGAAAGUUGCUGUCACUGAUCAGAAGUUAGAUCUAUGUUCCUACAAUAUAACAAGUAGACAAAAUCAACAAAAUGUGAAAAAUAGGGCUAAUGUUAUUAUAACAUGUCUUUAUCUGAUACUUUUUGAGAAACAUUGAUUUCAUCCAGUGGUCAUUGCAAGCUUACGGACCGAAAAUAACAAUCAAGACUCCUUUUAGCUAAGACCCAAUCUAUUUCAAAGGUUAUUUCAAGGGGAUGACUACCUCUGCAAUGCUAACAUGUGCCUAUAUUGCAGUGCUUAAAAGGAAAGAUUCAACCAUUUUGAAUGUUGUAUCGUAUUUGUGCAUCUCUGAGCGAUGUUCUAUCAAUUCCUAGGGUACUUUCAUGUUUAUCUGAGCUAUUCGCUGUUCAAGCAGGCAAAAAUACAGCCUGCUUGAACAGCGAACACUCUGGAAUUGAUAGAACAGAGAUGCACAUACGAUAUAACAUUCAAAAUGGGUGAAUCUUUCCUUUUUAGAGGAUGGAGAAAUAACAUUUCGUUAAGAUAUUACCUGUUUCAAGUGUCAAUGUACACGUGGUAGAAUCCGCAAAGAAUAUCACUAAGUCCAUUUCAUCUUGCUCUGAAACUGUUGAUUUUGUUAGAUAAUCUUUGGUGUAGUCACACUUUCAAUUCUGAUCUCAUGGGCAAGGUGUUAAUUAACCUGUAGUUCCAUAACAUGAGAUCUACAUCAACAAUGUUUGGCUUCAUAUGUGCCAGCCUCCAACUUUUUGUGUUUCCAUGACAGCUGUUGGCGACCUCGGGAACAGAGCAGGGGUGUUGCCUGCAGAAGUUUUAGCAAUGACAUCAGGCCUUGGCCAGCCAACUUUGGACUUUCAGGCAAGGCUGUCACAAACUGCUAAAACUCCACAGGGAACGACUUGACCUGCUCUGCCACUCCAACAAUGACAAAGUAUUACAGAAAUCUAUGGCUCUUUACAUAUUGCAAAACAGUGCUUAUGAAGAAAAACAAUAAUUAGUACAAUGCAUUAUGGUGCAGUCUGCUUGUUUUGGUGUGAAAACGUUUUAAGUGAGUAAAACAAAUUUGAACUCACUAUUACAACAAUGAAAUAUGAAUUAGUCAAUAGUAGCAGAGACCAAAGCGAUGUUUAAAAGCUGGCUACUUUUCUGACUGAUGAGAAGUAUGUCUACUUGAACGUCUAGCUAUUGAGUUUAGUUAUAAAAAAAAACAUGUCUAAAGCGUAUGUCUUCAGAAGGGCUCAACUGGUAUAGCUGCCACUGUCAUUUGAAGAGGUUCUUGUAAUACUGAUCAUGUUGGAUGCUAAUGAAACCACCUGAAAAGUUGACAUCGCCGAAGGAAUCGGAUCCCUACACAGAAGUUGGACGUUUAGCGUUUCAUUUGAUCAUUAUCCUUCAGAGGAAUUACCCUAAUUUACAGACACAAACACAAAAUUGACUGCUGCCGCUGCCAGUCUUUACUGUGCUAGGUAUUCCUUGGCUUUCUCCAGCCUCUCUUUGAGAAAAUUGAUGUACCUUGCAGUGGAGGGGUCCUCGAACCACCCCGCCAGAAAAUCUAAAUGUGGCGUCUUCCUCAGGCUUCAUGGACGUCUCGUCCAGAAAGUAAUUAGCAUUGAUGUGGUGGACGUAGAGUCAUUAGGAAUAAAAUGUGGUAAUUUUCACACAA